CACCCCUCUACGUGUGGAUGUGUACGGCACCCACACGCGUGUGGAGUCAACAGACCUCCGAGAUCUACUUCCCUGCCCUUUCCUCCUUUGCUAGUAGCAGAAUCUCUCUCUCUCUCUCUCUCUCUCUCUCUCGCCAGAAUGGGAGAAGGCCCUGAAAAAGCUACUAUCUCUCCCUCUUCUUUCCUAACCGACAAAACCGCCACGAUCUUCGUUGCUGGUGGUCGCGGCCUUGUGGGGUCCGCUAUCGUCCGCCGCCUCCGCUCCCUCGGCUUCUCCAAUCUCCUCCUCCCAUCACAUUCCGAGCUCGACCUCACCCGCCAAUCCGACGUUGAAGAUUUCUUCUCCCGCCACCGGCCUCACUACGUUAUCCUUGCUGCCGCCAAGGUCGGCGGCAUUCAUGCCAAUUCCACCUAUCCCGCUGACUUCAUCUCCAUCAACCUCCAGAUCCAGACCAAUGUGAUCGAUGCGGCCCACCACCAUGGCACGAGGAAGCUCCUCUUCCUUGGAUCGUCCUGCAUCUACCCCAAAUUCGCGCCGCAGCCGAUCCCUGAGUCGGCGCUCCUCACCGGCCCGCUCGAGCCCACCAAUGAAUGGUACGCUGUCGCCAAGAUCGCCGGGAUCAAGAUGUGCCAGGCAUACCGGCUGCAGUAUGGAUGGGAUGCUAUCUCCUUGAUGCCCACGAACCUGUAUGGCCCGAACGACAACUUUCACCCCCAGAAUUCACAUGUGCUGCCUGCUCUGAUCCGGCGGUUCCACGAAGCGAAGGUCACAGGGGCAAAGGAGGUGACAGUCUGGGGGACGGGAUCGCCACUCCGGGAAUUCCUGCAUGUGGAUGAUUUGGCGGAUGCGGUGGUGUUCUUGAUGGAGGAGUAUAGCGGAUUGGAGCACGUGAAUGUUGGGAGUGGGAAGGAGGUGACUAUCAAGGAACUGGCGGAGAUCACAAAGGAGGUGGUGGGUUUCGAGGGGGAGCUUGUGUGGGACUCGACAAAGCCGGAUGGGACACCGAGAAAGCUCAUGGAUAGCUCAAAGCUGGCAGGGUUGGGGUGGGUCCCGAAGAUCUCGCUGCGGGAUGGGCUCGUUGACACAUACAAGUGGUAUUUGGAGUAUCUGAAACAGUAGUGCCGGGUGAUAUAUUUUUUCCCCUUAUCUGGGUUUCCGAUGCUGUGUUUUUCUUGUGGUUUAUUUAUCUUUAUUUCUUUACCAUUCGCAAUUGAAAUUAUGGUGAGUCUUUCUUUAUUGCAUGAAGCAUUCUAGACGAUUCUAUUUGUCAUGUUUUUGUUGUGGUGGCAUCGAUGUUUUUAAUGUACCAUUGAGAUCAAUAUUAGAUUUUAAUGAAUUUCUCAUGAUAUCUUCUUUUGUU